AUGUCCGACGCACGGACAGAACAGAAUGUCGCACGGCAUGCCGCACAGACAAUCGCAGAGCAUGAAUUAUCAGCGGGCGCCGUCGCUUGCGGCAGAGCAACAACCUGCUCUCAGGAGGAAUGUCCUGGCGUCGACGACGAGCGGGUUACGUACGUCUGCGACAAGUUCGCGACAUCGCCAGAGUCAGAAGCUGAAGGCGACGACACGCCAGGAGUCCCACUCGAUCACGACAGCUGUUGCUACAACGCGGCGUCGCGGGCCACGUGGCAGCAUUCUAUGGCGUCGCCUCUGUUGCGCCAGUCGUCGCUCACGACGUACCUGCCGUCGACGGCGGCGGCGAUCGCGGGGUCAGGCGGGUUCCAGGCCGAGGCUGCAAGCAUGAUGCGGCACGGCGCGCACGCGGCGGCGGCGCUGUCGCGCUUCCCCGGGACCAUGAUGCCAUUCUUCGACUCUCUCGGUUCGCGACCCGACUCGGACGCUACUAACGGCAAAUCCAACUUGGAGACGCCCGCGGCCGCCGCGCACGGGCAUUCCGUGCGGCCGGUGCCACCGCUGCUUGAAGUACCACCGGAAUCGCUUCUUGACACGUCAGCAGACCUUACCGGCGCCGGCGACUCGGAGAUGCUGCGCCAAAGCGAGGUGCGAUUCGACGCGUGGACGGACCACGAUGCGGCUGCGGACGUGCCAACGCCGCGCUUGCCGCGUCGCCGUCAGGGUUACCCUGCCGGCGGGGUUCGCGGAUCGGCUGCCAUGACGGCGCAGUCGGAGAGGCGCGGAGGCGAUGCCAGCGGGAAUGGCGCUACUAGUGGCGCUUCGGGCGGUAGCCUUGUUCUAUCAGAUAGCGCAUCGUCUGUUAGCCUUCCGCAGACGCCGAACGCCGUCGGAUUAGUUUCCGAAUCGGGGAAAGAGCUGCGAUGCGCUUCGGGAGACGGCGACGCGGAAGCCGCCGAGGAGCCUAUGGGAGCUUCCGAACGAGCCGCUGUGGCGGCGGCGGCCUCGAGUGCGCGACCCGGGUUUGUGCGCCAGCGCGCCACGUCAGCGUGCCUCGACCUCUCCUCGUCUAAUAUCACUUCCAGCAGCGGCGACUGCUCCAGCGGCGGUCGCGCCGCGAGAGCGGGGAGCUCGCUGUUCGAGGAGUGGACGGAUCUGGGCGGCCGGCCGCCGUGGGUGGCGGGAGACAGCGGAUCGGCGCAAGGGAAGGAAGCAUCCGGGACGGCGACGGAGCGCCGACGGCCGAUCUUCCACCAGAAGACCCCGUCGGGCCGCAUCCUGCAGGAGCUGUUCGACCUGGAGAACGGCCCUCUGGACCUCGAGUUCCUAGUCAGCCUGCGCACGCCCAGCCGCCGCCACUACGACUCGCCUGCUCGCCCAUCCUCCGUGCGCUCCUCGCCUUACGCCCGCCGCACGCCCACCACCACGCCCCCUCGCCCUCCCUCCUCUCUCGCUCCCUCUCCCUCUCCUUCUCCUCCUCCUGCUGCUGCGGCUGCUGCUGCUUCAGAUGGCCCGGCCUUGUCAGAUUCUCCCUCCGCCUCCGCCCCGCUUGAUUCAGCAGGCACUGAAUCUGCUGUUUCAGAGGCAGGCGUGCACGAUGCUGCAUGGCGCCUGCUGCUGCUGCAGCAGCAGAAGAUCGCCAUGAUGGAGGAGGAGAUCCUCCAGCUCCGGCAGCGCUGCCGGGCCGCAGGACUAGGCUCGGAUAAAGCCAGGAGCGGAGGCGGAACGGUGACUGCUGCUGGCUCAUCCGAGAGCAAUGGAUUUGUGCUGGAGAAUCAGGGUGUGGGGGGAGGAGGGGCGUCAGGAGCAGUGUAUGGCGGGCUUGGGCAGUAUUCCGCGAUAAACCUGCGCAGGGGCCUGGGGGAGGGAGUGCAGGCAAGAGGGGCGAACACUAGUCUCAGCCUUUCACUGCCGGAGACAGGCCGUGAUGCCAAGGACGGACCAGGAGGGAGCGAGUCUCUGGCCAUUCCGUCGCCCAGCUCCUCCCAUUCCACGUUGAGUUGGGCGAGCCAUGCCGGUCGCCUCGAUUCAUCCGGGGAUAGCCUUGUCUCGCCGCGGUUUUCCCCUAGGCCUGCUGUUGCGGCUAUGGGUGCUGCUGCUGCGGCUGCCGCGGCUGCUGCUGGGAAGGCUCGGGUGUCAAGUCCCUCUGCUGCCGGUAUUCGGCACGGUUUUAGAGCCUUCUAG